ACCAAGGAAGCCAUCUCAAACGAGAGAGAGAGAGAGAGAGAGAGAGAGAGAGGAGUAUAGUGGAGAGAACGAUGGCGACGGCGGAGAAGGGGGUGGUGCUGCUGGACUUUUGGGUGAGUAUGUUCGGGCAGCGAUGCCGGAUCGCGCUGGCUGAGAAGGGGGUGGAGUACGAGUACAGGGAGGAGAAUCUUGGCGAUAAGAGCCCGCUGCUGCUGAAGAUGAACCCCAUCCACAAGAAGAUCCCGGUGCUCAUCCACGACGGCAAGCCCGUCUGCGAAUCCCUCAUCAUCGUCCAGUACAUCGACGAGGUCUGGACCAACAACCCCCUCCUCCCCUCCGAUCCCUACGAACGCGCCAAGGCUCGCUUCUGGGCCGACUUCGUCGACAAGAAGGUCUAUGACUGUGGGGUAAAGCUUUGGAAGCUCAAGGGGGAGGCACAGGAGGAGGCCAAGAAGGAAAUGAUUUGGAUAUUGAAGCUUUUGGAGGGUGAGCUGGGAGACAAGAAGUACUUUGGGGGAGAGACCUUCGGCUUUGUGGAUAUAUCGUUCGUGCCCUUCACGGCCUGGUUCUACACCUACGAGACCUGCGCCAACUUCAGCGUUGAGGAGGAGUGCCCUAAGCUGGUGGCCUGGGCCAAGAGGUGCAUGGAGAGGGAGAGCGUGGCCAAGUCCGUUUCUGAUCCCCAUAAGGUCUACGAGUUCGUAGGCGUCCUCAAGAAGAAGUUUGGAGUGGAGUGAAUUAAUAAUGAUAAUAAUAAUAAUAAAAACAUGCUAUAUGGAUGGAAGGGUAGAUAAAAGAGUCCAUGGUUUAAUUAGGAGUAGGAGUUCAUUGAAAGUUAAUUUGUUAUGUUUGCUUUGUGUACGUGUGUGUGUUUUUUUUGCCCCUUCUUUUGAGCUGUAGUAGGUGUUUGGAGGCUGGACGCGGGCAAUUCAUGUUGCCUCUGUCCGUCGACAGCAGUGUGGUCCUUCGCUUCUGAAUAAAACAAUCUGUUACAUUGUCAUAUUUCAAUUUAGUCUGUGCCAUGAA